AUGACUAAGAUAACUAGUGCUCAAAUUUGGAGUCUUGUUUUACAUGAAGUCUAUAAUCAAGCAGAUAUUCAAGUACCAAAAGAAGCCGAGGUUGCUCAAUUCUCACAUCUUCAUAUUCCCAAGUUUGCACUUUAUGAUCCAUUUAUUUUUCAUGUUGUUGGAUAUAUUCCCGAUGUCAUGUUCAAUUUGGUUGCGAUUGAUAAAGAUGUUACAACAAAGACUGUCUUUGAGAAGUCUAGGAAGGGUAGUUAUAAAAAUCUUACGAACGUUGUUACUGAAAAGACAACUAAAGAUGGUUUUGAUAUGGAAGUCAUAUUUUUUUCAUGCGAAGGUGAAUGGAAUUCGACAUCUGCAAUCGACACUUCAAUUGUUACACCACCACCACUUUUGUCACCACCACCAACUUUAAUUAUAAAACCAACAAUAGUUCUUGUUGUUUCUCCUACAUUUCAAGAGUUUAAUCCUAAAGAACAAGAUGUACAUGAAAAUGGGAUUAUGUCAGGAAAGCAAUACAAGAUUCUAAAUUCCAAACUCAACACCAUUCUUCAAUUUCUCAAUGACAAUGCUGGGAAACCCUCUAGGAAUAGAGCCUUGAUUGAAGAUCUUCAUGCUUGCAACAAGGUCUAUCCUGGCAAGUUGAAGCUUAAGAAAGAAGCUAAUGUGAAGAUGUUUGCUAGUAUCAAAACUUCUCUUACUGGUUUUCAAGAAUCUUUGUUGAAGUUUGAGUUAUUAAUAACUUCGAUCUAUGAGUAUCAAAUUUCUUCAAUGGUUUCCUCGGUUGAAUCUUGUUUGAAAUCAAAACUUGAUCUAAUCUUAGACCUUGUUAUUGUUUUAGCAACCAAUACUCCAUGUUUUUCUGCAAAUGUGUCACAAAGGGGAGAAAGGGGGUUGGUUUAUCGAAAGAUACUCAAGAAGCUUCAAGAGCUUGAGUUGGAAAGAUUAAGGCAGUUGAACAACAUAAUGAGGAUAAGAUCAAAUGAUCCAUCAAGUCUUAACAAGCGUGAUCCCAACAACGUAUGGUGA